AUGUCCAGCUGGGCUUAUUACUUGCACCUGCACGAGCAUGUGAAGGAUCAUACAUGCGGCUUUGCAACAUACUGCAUAUGCUCAAUGGUACAUGUUGCACAUUUACGCACUACCACAACUGACAGACCAACUAUAUCGGCGAGAGCAGUUCUUCAAGGUACAGCAGAAUUGCCAUGUGACAUACGUCCUCCACGACAAAACGACUCUGCAAUUUUGGUUGUUUGGUACAAAAGUGAUAUUACACCUAUUUACAGUUAUGAUAUGAGAGGCAAACAUUCUGAGAAGGCUUCGCAUUGGAACGACAAAGAUCAUCUAAACGACCGAGCAUUCUUCAGAACUGCCGCUGAACCGGCAACCUUAAAUAUCAAUAACAUCGAAGAAAAAGACGAAGGUGAAUACAGGUGUCGGGUAGAUUUUGCUAAAAGUCCAACCAGAAAUUCAAGGAUUCAUCUAACAAUCAUAGUACCACCACACAAGCCAAAUAUCAUCGAUGAACAUGGGAAAACUGUGUCAACAAUAACAGGGCCAUACGAAGAGGGCGGUGACAUGAAAUUACAGUGUCUUGUAUCUGGAGGUCGUCCAGAACCAAAAGUGAGGUGGUGGCGUGGAGAAAUGCUUCUUGAUUCGAAAGAUGAACGAGGGGAAUUUCCUGGUUUACGUAGAAACACUUUAACAGUUAAAGAACUUUCAAGAGCUGAUCUUCAUGCAGUUUUUACCUGUCAAGCAGCUAACAACAAUAUUAGUCAACCUGUUUCUGCCUCUGUGGCAAUCGAAAUGCACUUGAUGCCAUUAAGUGUAACAAUAUUGAGCAAUGAACACUCACCUCUUAGCGCCGAUAGAAUAUACGACAUUAAUUGUAUGACUGUUGGUUCAAGGCCACCAGCUAAGUUAUCUUGGUUCAUGGAUGAUAGAAAAUUAACUAACUACACGGAAAAGGUGUCUCCGGAUGGUAAUAUGACGAGCUCCACGAUAACGUUAAAACCGACGUUACUCGAUCACGACAAGGUAAUUACUUGUCGAGCGGAGAAUCCCAAAGUUCAACGAGCCUUUAUAGAAAACACAUGGAAAUUAAACGUUUUUUUUGUACCAAUUUUACAUUUGGAGCUGGGAUCGAACAUGAAUCCGGAUGAUAUUGAGGAAGGUGAUGACGUUUACUUUGAAUGCAAAGUACAUGCUAAUCCUGAUGCUUAUAAAGUUGUAUGGAAACAUAAUGGAAAUGUAAUUCAGAACAAUGCAAAAAAUGGCGUGAUAGUACAAAAAUAUGGUUUAGCUUUGAGACAAGUUAGUCGUUCUCAAGCCGGAAAUUAUACCUGCAUUGCUAGCAAUGUCGAGGGAGAUGGACAUAGCAAUAACGUUGAACUUAAAAUUAUGUACAAGCCUAUUUGUGUACCGGACCAGAAACGGAUAUACGGUGUAGCACGUCAUGAAGACGCCCGAGUAAUUUGCAAAGUCGAGGCGUACCCAGCUCCGGACAGUUUUCGUUGGGCUUUCAAUAAUACAGAAGAAAUGAGAGACGUGCCUCAGGCACGAUAUAAAAACUCGACACGUCACAGUCAAAGCGUUCUUACCUAUCGACCAAUCACAGAAAUGGAUUAUGGCACUGUGUUCUGUUGGGCGAGUAACACCGCUGGUCAGCAAAAGAACGCCUGUGUAUUUCAUAUCAUUCCAGCAGGAAAACCUGAAUCGCUAUACAAUUGCACACUGUCUAAUCAAACAACUGAGUCUCUCUCGGUAGAGUGUUCUGCUGGUUUCGAUGGUGGCCAACCGCAACAUUUUCUUCUGGAGGUGUUUGAUCAGCAUACAGGAAUACUCCAAGCGAACAAGACGUCUAAAGAGAAUGCUGCAUUCACAGUCCACGAUUUAGAACCAGGUAAAAUUCUCAAUAUGGUUCUGUACGCUGUGAAUGCAAAAGGAAGAAGUGAGCCUACUUUAUUGGAGGGAUUUACAUUGAAAAUUGCGGAAAAACAGACGGGGACUCCGGUACCAUUCGAACUUACUCCAUUAUUAGGAGGAUUAAUUGGAAUGCUAGCUGCAUUGCUUGUGUUUACCGUUACCAUUCUAUUAGCUAUGAAAAUGAAAAACGGAAGAAGGACACAGAGACCGAGUGAUCUACCAUUAAAAAAGGGCACCGCGCCUAGUUCCGAAGAUUUAUACGAUACUGACGACAGAAAUCCGGAUGUCGUACCCAUAAAUAAAGGUUCAGAUUAUCAAUUGGCGGGAUCACUAUCCGGCACACCUUUGGCUGUACAAAGUACACCAGAUGGACUUCCGUCGACUUCGCUAUCCAUACAACAAGUGAAUCAUCUACAAGGAUUGUCACCCUACUCACAGGAAUAUAAUAAUUAUCCAACUUUAUCGUUAUCAGGCCAGAUAACGUACACCGAACUGUGUCUAGCACGACCAACAACAUUAUCAACAUUAGCUACCGAUACGAAAUUAUCAAGCAUAAGUGGGAGCGGUAGUUUAAGCACGCUUCAGGGUUACGGAAGCGGGGUGGUAGGUGGUAAACCGUACACGAAAGAAGCGACGAUUUACGCUUACAUAGAUCAAAAUACAAGACCACUAAAAAUCGAUGCGACGGUCGCAUCGCCGUGCACAUUAGAGUCUUUGUCGAAAAGUGCAUUCCAGGAUUUUAAUAUUCCGGCAACGAAUAACAAGCACCCGACGAGAGAGAUUGUCACUGUACGCGCGCCGUUAAUAUCAACUCAAGAGAGUUGUGUAUAG